CCCUACAGAUUCUUGCCAACCGCCAUUAAACACCAGAAGAAGAAGAAGGAAACAACGAGGGCUGUGGAUGUGGCAGCAGACAGUCUGACUGAUUGACUACGUGUCUCCUUUUUGCAGACCACUGUUGUGUUGGUUGGCUUUCUAACUCGCUGUCAGGUCUUCAGGUGUUGGUGCCAUGUUUGCCAGGCUGGCCUUGUGCUCUCGCCUGCCAUCCAGGAUCUCGCAGUCUAAUGUCUGUCCAGUCUCCAUCAGAUGGUUUUCCCAGGCUAAGUUUUUGCUCCCACGUCCCCAUGGGAAAUCAUUUGCUCACCGCAGUGAGUUGAAGCAGGCCAAGCGCAUUGUGGUGAAGCUGGGGAGCGCCGUAGUUACACGAGGCGACGAGUGUGGCCUGUCGCUGGGACGGCUGGCCUCGAUAGUAGAGCAGGUGGCCGUGUUUCAGAAUCAAGGCAGGGAGAUGAUGAUUGUUACAAGUGGCGCCGUGGCGUUUGGGAAGCAGCGACUGAGACAUGAGAUAUUGUUGUCUCAGAGUGUCAGACAAGCCCUGCACUCUGGACAGAACCAACUCAAAGACAUGUCAGUUCCAGUUUUGGAGGCCCGAGCAUGUGCAGCUGCUGGACAAAGUGGUCUGAUGGCUCUGUAUGAAGCGAUGUUCACCCAGUACAGCAUCUGCACCGCACAAAUUUUGGUCACCAACCUGGAUUUUCACGAUGAGCAGAAACGUCGCAACCUGAACAGCACGCUGCACGAGCUGCUGCGGAUGAACAUCGUGCCCAUCAUCAACACUAAUGACGCCGUUGUGCCGCCCCCUGUUCCCAACAGUGACCUACAGGGGGUAAAUGUCAUAAGCAUAAAGGACAAUGACAGCUUGUCUGCGCGGCUGGCUGUUGAGAUGAAAGCUGAUCUUCUCAUUGCUCUGUCUGAUGUUCAAGGCUUAUAUGAUAGUCCUCCUGGAACAGACGAUGCUAAACUCAUUGAUAUCUUCUAUCCUGGCGACCAGCAGUCAAUCACUUAUGGCACCAAGUCCAGGGUCGGCAUCGGUGGAAUGGAGGCCAAGGUGAAAGCAGCACUUUGGGCACUGCAAGGAGGGACCUCUGUUGUCAUCGCCAACGGCACGGAUCCUAAAGUCACAGGGCACGUCAUCACAGACAUUGUAGAAGGGAAAAAAGUUGGCACCUUUUUCUCUGAAGUAAAACCUGCAGGACCGACUGUGGAGCAGCAGACAGAGAUGGCACGACACGCUGGACGAGCGCUGGCAUCUCUACUCCCUGAACAGAGAGGAGAAAUCAUCUGCAGUCUUUCUGAGCUGCUUACAGAAAAGAAGGAUGAGAUUCUUAGUGCCAACAGGAAAGACAUGGAGUUAGCAACAGAUCGUUUGUCCCAGCCUCUGAUCAAUCGCCUCAGUCUGUCAACUGCUAAGCUGAACAGCCUUGCCAUCGGUCUGCGUCAGCUUGCCGUAUCCUCCAUGAAUAGUGUUGGUCGGGUGCUGAGAAGGACCAGGGUGGCUAACAACCUAGAGCUGGAACAGAUCACUGUUCCCAUCGGGGUCCUGUUGGUCAUCUUUGAGUCACGUCCUGAUUGCCUUCCACAGGUGUCAGCCCUUGCGAUUGCCAGCGGAAAUGCUUUGCUUCUUAAGGGAGGCAAAGAAGCGUCAAACACCAACAAAAUCCUACAUCACCUCACUCAGGAAGCGCUCUCAAUUCAUGGAGUAGCUGAUGCCAUUCAAUUGGUGAGCACGCGUGAAGAGGUCGAGGAUCUGUGCAAGUUGGACAAAAUGAUCGACCUGAUCAUUCCGAGGGGUUCGUCAGAGCUGGUCAGAGACAUUCAAAGAGCAGCUAAGGGCAUUCCCGUGUUGGGCCACAGCGAGGGUGUCUGUCAUGUCUACGUCGACAGUGAAGCCAGCAUAGACAAAGCUAUUGAUGUUGUCAAAGACUCCAAAUGUGAUUACCCAGCAGCCUGCAAUGCCAUGGAGACCCUCCUUAUUCACAGAGAUUUACUGCGUACUCCUAUAUUUGACCAGAUCAUUGAUAUGCUGAGAACAGAACAAGUAAAGAUCCAUGCGGGUCCUCGGUUUGCAUCUUACUUAACUUUUAGCCCAUCUGAGGUGAAAUCUCUUCGCACGGAGUAUGGGGACCUAGAGUGCUGUAUUGAGGUGGUGGACAGCAUGCAGGAUGCCAUAGACCACAUUCACAAAUAUGGCAGCUCCCACACUGAUGUCAUUGUCACAGAGAAUGAGGAAACAGCCGAGCAGUUCCUGCAGCAGGUAGACAGCGCCUGUGUGUUCUCGAAUGCCAGUUCUCGCUUUGCUGAUGGAUACCGGUUUGGCCUGGGAGCUGAGGUUGGCAUUAGCACAGCAAGGAUACAUGCCAGGGGACCAGUGGGUUUGGAUGGACUUCUCACAACCAAAUGGGUCCUUCGAGGGGAGGGACACACUGUGGCAGACUUUUCUGAACAAGGCAGUAUGAAAUACCUGCAUGAGAACAUCCCUGUCCCCCAGGGAAAUUUUAAUUAAGAGAUCUUUCAACAGGAUUCAACACAACAGAUGUGUAAAAAGAGUUUAUUUGAGGUUUGGGUCAAACGGCAUCAUUUCAACCCUCUGCUCCUUCAUCACCUGUGUGACUUGACCUUAUUGCUGCAGGAGGCUUGCAUGUACAAUUGGGGUCAUUUUCUUAGAUUUCCAAUUAUCUGAUUUUGUGAACCAGUUCUGAAAGCUGUGAAACUGAAUUUCAGAUGCAUCAACUCACAUAAAUGAGUGGUUCUUAAAUAACAGCAAACAAUACAUUGUGCUAAAGCAAAAAAAAAAAGGUAAUGCAUAAUGUAGACCUGAAGAAAAGCUCCUAUUACCCUUGUACAAGCUCAUUUUUAUAACGGGAUUUAAAAAAAGAUAUCAUUGACUCAGCUGUGAUUUUCUAAUUUAUUUUUCUACAUUUAACUCCCUUUGUUUUGUAAAUCACUGCAAGUGUUUGUGCAAGAUCUUGGUUCCAUUUUGUUUUGCUGUCCUUUUUGCACAGGUAAUUUAAUAAAUGUUGUGUACAGUUCCUAAA